AUGAGGCUCGCUUUAGGCCGAUUAGUGUUUGUCCGCGGGCUCAGCACCAGACCGCCUCCUCUCGGCGUGAAGUUGAGAGAUUAUCAGGAGGACGCGCUCCAGGCAUGCACCAACGCGCUUGCGUCCGGGGAGUCACCCAUUGCCGUGUCUCUGCCUACCGGUUCCGGCAAGACAGUUGUCUUCCUAACAUUACUACUCUCGCGCAUCACACCCCCUACUGCGAACCCAGAUGCGACACGUUCCCUAGUUAUCGUCAACAGCGUUGAGCUCGCCCGCCAAACGGUAUUACAGGCCAGGAAACUCUUCCCGCAUUUGCAUAUCGCGGUCGAUCAAGGCUCUAAGAGGGCGUCUCCCCAUGCAGAUCUGACGGUGGCAACCUACCAGUCGUUGGUGAAACCAGACAGGCUCUCAGCGUAUGAUCCGCGAACAUUGAAGGCGAUAGUAGUGGACGAGGCUCACCAUGCAACUUCAUCUUCCUAUCGCCGCAUUUUGUCAAAUUUUCAUCCAAAUGUCGACUCAGUCGGCACGGGGACGUUGGUUCGACCCCACAUCUCCAUUCCAAUCAUCGGCUUUUCUGCGACAUGGUCGAGGCUCGAUGGCGUGGGUCUUGCCUCGGUAUUUGAGCGUAUGGUUUACCACCUGGAAUUUUUGGAUAUGAUCAAGGCGGGAUGGCUGUGUAACAUGCGCUUCACGGUAGCUCGGGGCAAUCUAAACCUGAACACCAUUCCAGUCAGCAAGCGGAGCGGCGACUUCAUCUCCAACAGUCUUGCCCGUACCAUGAACACGCCAGAGAUGAACCAACUGGUUGUAGACACUUGGCUUAAACGGGCUGCGAAUAGGAAAUCGACUCUGGUGUUCUGCGUUAAUGUUGAGCAUCUCAAGGCGCUUACCAGUGCAUUUCGCGUGGCCGGAGUCGAUGCAGAGUACAUUCAUAGUGGCAUGUCAACAGAGAAGCGUCAGGAAUUGCUCGACGCCUUUCGGAAUGGUCAAAUCCCCGUACUGCUCAACGUCUUAAUCCUUACUGAGGGCGCCGACAUACCGAACAUCGACUGUAUAAUGCUUGCGAGGCCGACCCAGUCACACGCAUUGUUCAGGCAGAUGCUUGGACGCGGAACUCGUCAGUCGCAUGAAACAGGAAAGAAAGACUGCCAUAUCAUUGACUUCGCUGACACCGCGGACCGCGCACGAGGGGUAGUAUCAAUUUCGAGCCUUUUCGGGAUUGACCUAGCGGAAGUUAUUGAAGGUGUGCCUAUCAUGGUAGCUGCGAAUCCCAUUUUCACCGCAUAUAUUCUCCUAGAUAAAUCUGCUGAAGAGUUAUCGGAGCGGGAGACUGGACAGUCUCCAAAAAGGCAAAUCUCGAAUGCGAUUCGACCGCAAUCACUUAACUUCGCUGAAUACGACAAUACAAUUUCUUUCGCAAGGGCUGUAUCUAUAGUUCGCCGGUAUAGCUCUCUAGCAUGGGUUGAUUGCGGCGAUGAUCUUUAUGUCUUGAGUUGUAUGGACUCGGGAUACGUUCACGUGCAAGCCGUUCGGACCAGCGAAGGUGCGUUCGGAUCGGCACUAGUUUGUUCACUCCCGCGUAUCUGA